GUGACUCUACAGUCAUGUCCUGUUGUGCUAGGAAGAAACAUAUAAUGCUCGACAACAGCUGAUGUGCUUCUGGAUCAUUAAAACACUGGUUCAUUUUGGUGUCAAAUAGAUUUCCGGAAGAUUCAGACGCGCAGCGAAUAUCAAAACAGCCACGACAGUAAACGUGAAGAAGCGUUCUCAUACACAUCAUGGCUUCUCGUAAGAAGGUCCUGCUCAAAGUGAUCAUCCUAGGGGAUUCUGGAGUUGGGAAGACCUCUUUGAUGAACCAGUAUGUGAAUAAUAAGUUCAGUAAUCAGUAUAAGGCCACUAUCGGAGCCGACUUCCUGACCAAGGAGGUGAUGGUGGACGACAGACUGGUCACCAUGCAGAUCUGGGACACAGCAGGCCAGGAGAGAUUUCAGUCUCUCGGCGUGGCUUUCUACCGAGGGGCCGACUGUUGCGUGCUGGUCUAUGAUGUCACGGCACCCACUACAUUCAAGACUAUGGACAGCUGGAGGGACGAGUUUCUCAUUCAGGCCAGUCCACGUGACCCAGAGAACUUCCCAUUUGUUGUGCUGGGAAACAAAAUCGACCUGGAAAACCGACAGGUAACAACGAAGCGGGCACAAGCAUGGUGUCAGAGUAAGAACAACAUCCCCUAUUUUGAGACCAGUGCUAAAGAAGCCAUUAACGUGGAGCAGGCCUUCCAAACCAUUGCUCGCAAUGCACUUAAACAGGAGACUGUGGACACAUAUGAUUUCCCUGACCAGAUUAAACUAAGAGACGACAGACCUGCGUCCACCAGUGACGGCUGCAGCUGCUGAAGGACAGAUGAAACUGGGGAGGGAAGAGAAAGAGCAAAAUGGGAAAGAAAUGAAGAGAGGGAGAGAUGGAAGAGAUCCAGGCCUGUAAUUCUCCCCUUUUCCCCCUUUGAAACCUCCAGGGUGUCAAAGCCACAUGUGAAAGCAAGAACAUCCAUUUUCUUGCUGAACUCCAAGUCACGUGUGGUCCGAUGGACUAUUGAGGAACAGGAAAGUUCUCUGACAUUGCAUUUAUUUCAAGUCCUACUAUCACUACAGCUGUGGAAGAAUUUCCUUGUCACUACUCCAGCUGUCUUUGCAAGUUUUCCUUUACUCCGAAAUGUUCCUUUUCAUGUCUGCUAGUUCAUUGUGCCUUUAUAUUUUGUAACUUUUUAGUUAUUGUUGUGUCACUCCUAUGCUGAAUGAACAUUUGUUGGAAAUGCAUACAUAUGUAAUAGGGCUGGGAAAUAUAUUAAACAGUUAUAAAAAUGUAUACAUUUUGUCUGUGGAAUAAAACUAACCCAACAUUUUUUUUUUCAAUGAUUUUUAUUUUUUCUGCAAUAACUUCAAAGUAAAAAAUGCAGAUGUGUGUUAGGAAUUAAAUUUAUUCCAAAUUUAUUCAAAUCCGUGUUUUGCAACAUCGCUCAAAAACGAAAGUCCCCAUUUUGCAUUUCACAAUUUUAAAUGUUUGGGUAAAAUGUAUGUACAAGCAGUAGUAAAUGAUUGUUUUUUUUAUUACUGAGCACAUAAAUAAAAAUGAUGAAAUAUA